AUGGAGCCCAAGAUCCACCCAGCCGCAACCGUAACCAACAUUAAAAGUCUGAUUCCAGUCGUUCUUGAGAUGGAAUCUGGGCAAUAUGCUUCCUGGUCCGAACUAUUCAAGAUUCAGUGUCGGGCAUCCUUGGUCAUCGAUCACCUCUCCCCUAAACCUUCUGCAUCUUCUUCUUCUUCCUCUGUAACAACCAAGGACACCGACAAAGCCAAAGACAAAGAAGUUGAUGACUCCUGGGAUCGGUUGGAUGCCAUUGUGCUCCAAUGGAUUUAUGCAACCAUCUCGAACAACCUCUUACACACCAUUCUUAAGCCAAACACCACUGCGUAUGAUGCUUGGAAGACACUUGAAGGUAUUUUUCAAGACAACAAAAGCUCCCGAUCCAUUCACCUCAUGCAUAAAUUCUCCAACACGCGCCUUGACGGAUUCUCUAGUGUCUCGGCGUAUUGCCAGCAACUGAAGGUGUUAGCCGAUCAACUGGCUAACGUUGGAAGUCUGGUUGAUAACGAACGAUUAGUGCUUCAACUAAUCGCGGGCCUCAACAAACAGUAUGAAGGUAUUGCUACUAUUCUCCAGCAAUAG